AAGCACGUUUACAACCAGGAAAUGCUUUAUUUUGUGUAUUGUUUGGCAAAUAAUUACUCUCGGUAGAUUUUAAGCCUGACCUGUGUUUGUUUAAACCGGCUGGUUAGCUAGCUUCUGUGUGGGGCGUCCCUGCGGGGGAAGGCCGUUUUGGAGCGGCGUAGUUAGUGACAGCCAUAACUGAUAUGUAUUCAUUAUUGCGGUAGUGCUAGUAAGAAAAACACAAUCAAAUACGAAGGUGGAUAUAGUCAAUGCAUAAAGUCGACGUUUAGUUUAGCUGAGAAGCGAACGCGGAAGGGAGCGUAAAAGUCUCUCUCGGUCUCAGGUACGGCUUCGUUUCUGAUGAACCAACAGCAUCAGUGUCGUGAACAUCAGAGGUCUCCGGUUUCGCGUGCGAUUAUAGACGGUAUGAUGUUCAGACAAAGAUCACGAGUGGGACCUGUGAAGAGCGACCAGUGAAGGAGCUCUGAUCCACCAUGGGAAACACGUCGUCGAAGGGAGACAGCGGAGAAGAACCUCCUAAAACAACUUUGUUUGAAAGGGAGCCAAGUGGGAUAACAUACAGAAUCCCUGCUCUCGUCUAUCUGAGGCACUGUCACACCUUCCUCGCCUUUGCAGAGAAGAGAUCCUCACCCUGUGACAAUGACGCCAAAAUUUUCGUUAUGAGGAGAGGCACCCUGAAAGAGGAUGGAUCCAUGCAGUGGUCGUCCAGUCAGGAGCUGUCCUCGGUGUGCCUGCCAAACCACCGCACUAUGAAUCCUUGCCCGGUGUAUGAAAAAAACACCAAAAUGCUCUUUUUGUUUUUCAUCUGUGUGUGGGGCACAACCACGGAAGCGAAGCAGAUCCUGACAGGUAAGAACAAGACUCGCCUUUGCUACGUCAGCAGCCGAGACGACGGCCAGACUUGGAGCCAAGUGACAGACUUAACUGAGAGUGUGAUCGGCGAGGCCAUCCACAAGUGGGCCACGUUCGCCGUGGGCCCCGGCCACGGUGUUCAGCUUGAGAAUGGCCGACUGAUCAUCCCUGCGUACGCCUACUACAUUCCUUACAGAUGCUGCUCCUUCCCCAUCCCUUGCACAGUCUACCCACGUGCACUGUCAGUAUAUAGCGAGGACUUUGGACAGACAUGGCACAUAGGUAAGAUGCUGCGGAAGAAGUCGUGCGAAUGUGAAAUGGCCGAGAUCAUAGACCACGAGGGCAGGAGCCACCUCUACUGCAAUGCUCGUAAUGCCGGGGGCCACAGGUGUGAGGCUCUCAGUGAAAACAGCGGCGUCUACUUCGACAAGCCCCACAUGGCCCCGGAGCUGGUCGAAACGCGCUACGGAUGUCAGGGAAGCAUCAUCGGCUUUCCCGCUCCAGAAUUUGUCCCAAACGACGACGCGGAAAGCAAAGCCUGUGGCACGUCGCUCCUGUCACCAGACACGCAAACCUGGCUCCUCUUCAUGCACCCGACGAGCAAGUCCAGAAGAAGGGACAUGGGUGUGUAUUUAAACCGAUCCCCCCUGCACUCAUCCGGAUGGGACAGACCCAGGAUCAUCCACAGGGGGCCCAGCGGCUACUCGGACCUGGCUUACAACGGGGACAAGGAUCAGUUUUCGUGCCUGAUGGAGUGCGGGAAAGAGAGUGAACUCGAGCAGAUUGCCUUCGUGUCGUUCUCCCUUAAUGAUGUCAUGCAGACAGGCGGCAGGAAAGAAAAGCGUUGAGCGGUCUAACUGCGGUUGCUUUUAUUUCUGUGUUAGCAAACGAAGCUCUCUGACAUUCCCCCACAGCCUAAAAACAAAAAAAGGAAAAAAAUAGAGAGAAAAACAAAACAAAAAGCCACUAAAUAUGCUGUGCAGUAACAUCCGUCUGUGUUUACUAUUGUUCCACAUUCUGGAGAUGAUAAUGCAUGCAUGAGUCGUGUGUUUUGCUGUCUCCUUGUUUACAUAGGAAAAAAAGUUAUUAAAAGAUUAAAUAUUAUUAAUAUGCAACAAGCUGCAUAAGGAAGAACACUAUUCUGAAUAGGCUAGGUGGUUUGUUUCAGGCAUGCUGUGCUGGACUGUCACUGGCUUUGCGUGUAGCAUGUUUGAUAAGCACUUCAUCCCCGUUUGCAUCUUAUUAAACUGCCAGUGUUUUCUGAGCAGCAGAGACAAUUUGCCUACCUCUUUUUAUUUUCAUACGAAGAUCAUAGCAGGCCUUGGAAAGAGUUUCCUCCAUGCUCAGUCUCUCCUUUUUUACACGUCAUGUGCUCUGAUUCACGUAUGCCUUCUUCUCCACUGUUUGGAACGUGGCCUGUCAGUGCUUUUUCCCCCCUGCAGAGUCACAGUCGGUGCCAUAAAGGUGGCAAUAAAACUGGAGGGAAAAGAUGCAUCCAGCUGACCAACUUCAUCUAAGUUUUUCUUGGUUGUUUGUUUUUAAAACAUGUGAUAGAUUAAGGCUACUUUUUACCGCACACAUAUUUUUUAUGACAUUAAUUUUCAAAAGCAAUACAGCACUCCGUUAUUGUUGAUUUCCGGCGCAUUGAGCAUGACUUUCUUUUCCCAGCGUAAAGUGCGUCGCUAUGACCAGAUACGACUGGCUCGCUGCUGGUUCGCUAAUGACGGCAUGUGACAUCAGAUGAGGACUCGCUAUUUAUGAAGCCACUAGGAAUUUGCACAUGCGGAAUAUUGUACCGUGUGACUUUAAUGUCCCUCUUUGCCUGUUGUUGUGCGGCAGACAAGAAAAAAACAUUUAGAAAAAGAAGCCUCGAGGUGGCAUUAGUUUAGUUGUGUUUCUGUUGUGGAAAGUGACAAAAAAAAAACCCUGCAUGAAACGUGUAUUUUAGUAAAAUAAAGGUAA